AUCUUCGAGGACAACCACACUUUAGUUCCACCAGUUUUUGUCUCUCCAACAGUCAUGAUCCUAAGCAUUGCCCUCAUUUGGACCAUAGUUGUUGGGCUCUGUUGUUGUCUUUGGCUUAUUACAGGAAUACGCAGAAGACAGCCUGGGGAGCCUCCAGUAGAAAAUGGUUGGAUCCCUUACCUUGGUUGUGCUCUUCAGUUUGGGGCCAAUCCUUUGGAGUUUCUUCGGAGCAGACAGAAGAAGCAUGGUCACAUUUUUACAUGCAAGAUCGCUGGGCAGUAUGUCCAUUUCCUUUGUGAUCCAUUCUCCUACCAUGCCGUCAUCCGCCAAGGAAGGCAUCUAGACUGGAAGAAAUUCCACUUUGAUGCCUCUGCAAAGGCAUUUGGUCACGAGAGCAUGGAUCCCAGUCACGGUUACACCACAGAGAACCUGCAUCAGACCUUCCUGAAGACCCUGCAAGGGGAGGCCUUGUCUCCUCUCAUUGAGACCAUGAUGGAAAACCUACAGAGCACCAUGCUGCAGUCAGGUGUGCUGAAGGCCAAACCUUCCGAAUGGCAGAGUGAUGGUAUUUUCGCCUUCUGCUACAAGAUCAUGUUUGAAGCAGGCUACCUGACCCUCUUUGGAAAGGAAUUGGAUGGAGACCAGAGCAUUGCACGGCAGCAGGCCCAAAAAGCUCUGGUGCUCAAUGCACUAGAGAACUUUAAAGAGUUUGAUAAGAUCUUUCCUGCUCUGAUCGCUGGGCUCCCGAUUCACGUUUUCAAGAGUGCCUACAGCGCUCGCGAGAACUUGGCCAAGACGAUGCUCCACGAGAACCUCAGCAAGCGUGCCAACGUGUCUGACCUCAUAUGCUUGCGCAUGCUCUUGAAUGACACAUUAUCUAGCUUCAAUGAGCUGAGCAAAGCCAGGACCCAUGUGGCCAUGCUGUGGGCUUCACAAGCCAACACUUUGCCUGCAACCUUCUGGACCCUGUUCUAUAUGAUCAGGUGCCCAGUGGCCAUGAAAGCUGCUAGUGUGGAAGUGAGGCGAACAUUUGAAACUUCUUGUCAGAAAGUCGAUCCUGUGAAUUCUCGACUUGUACUUACAAGGGAACAGUUGGACAACAUGCCAGUUCUAGACAGUAUCAUUAAAGAGGCGAUGAGGCUGUCCAGUGCGUCCCUGAAUGUGAGAAUUGCAAAGAGCGAUUUCCUUCUUCACCUGGACAACAGCGAGUCUUACCACAUCCGAAAAGAUGAUGUAAUAGCUCUGUACCCCCCGAUGAUUCACUUUGAUCCUGAGAUCUAUGAAGAUCCUUUGACAUAUAAGUAUGACAGAUACCUUGACGAGAAUGGACAGGAAAAGAACAGCUUUUACCGAAACGGACGCAAACUUCGUUAUUACUACAUGCCCUUUGGCUCUGGGGUGACCAAGUGUCCUGGCCGCUUCUUUGCUGUUCAUGAAAUCAAACAGUUCCUGUCUCUGCUGUUAGCGUACUUUGAAAUGGAGCUUUUAGACCCUGAUGUGAAAGAGCCUCAGUUGGAUCAGUCUCGGGCCGGACUGGGUGUUUUGCAGCCCACCUACGAUGUUGACUUUCGAUACAGACUGAAAUCUCACUAGGAAUCUCACACAUUUAAUUAUGGACUGUCGACUUAAACUGUAAAUAAUGUACAUUUUGCAUCAUGUCCAAGCAGACAAAUGUGAAUAGGUCUCAAUUGUCUUUCUAUUCAGGUUGAUUUGAGAGAGUUUUUAAAGAAACUUCAGAGCUCUCCUUUUAAGAAAAAAUUCUGAAGCAUUUAUUACCCUUAUGCUAAGUUUAUUAGUAUUCUUUUUAAUUCUUGUAAAAUGAUAUGUGCUUUUUAAUUGUAAGUGAAUUUUACUAUGAAUGUACUGAAUGAAUUUUUAAACCAAAAAGGUGCUGUAAGCAAUUGUAUAGGCUUUUGUAUUAAAUGCAGAAAAUGUAAAAAAUAUCUAUGUAAUAAUUGUCCUGAUGAACUCUGUGACAGCCUUUUUAAAAAAUAUAGAGGAAAAGUCAGACUUGCGGUCAGAUACUUGCUUCAGCCAAUCAGGGGGAUUUUGAGACGUUUUCUGCUUUUGGGUGUUCACAGCGCACAGUCCAUAUCUGGAAAGCCAGAAAGUGAGAGAGUGAAAAAUGUUUGGAGGGUGCAAAAAGCAGCAUAAGCUCCAGUACUGGUUAGUCUGGUUGGUCUCUUUGCUGGUUUUAGACUGUUUUAGGAGACCAGCUUAAAGGGGUCAUAUGAUAUUGCUAAAAAACUCAUUAUUUUCCACAUAUUGUACAUUAUUGUUUUUCCUCUAUGCCCCGCCUUCGGAAACGAACUGUGCUCUGAUUGGCCAGCUUACCAGUGCAUUGUGAUUGGCUGAAUACUUCAAGCGUGUGACGGAAAUGUUACGCCCCUUGACAUACUGUAACGAUGCAAUGUCCCAGCCGAAGCGACGAGACAAAAACAU